AUGUACGGUAACAGUGAACAAGUCUUAGGUCAGAUACUGCCGCAGAUCGAUUCGAAGAUGGUGGUGUCAACAAAGCUUGGCGCCAGGCCUCAGCCUUUUGACGCCAAAGACGCGAGAGCGCUUCGUCAGUCGUUUGAAGAAAGUUGCCGUCUUUUAGGCCGCGAUGAAAUCGACGUCCUGAUGAUUCACGAACCCGAUAGGCCCAGACAGUUUGAUUGGUGGGACGACUUCAGCAGGGCCGAAGGUCCUGUCAUGGAAGUGCUUGAGUCACUAAAGGCUGAAGGUAGAAUUCGAUACCUGGGUCUUGGUGGAACAACCGCCUAUGAAAUGGCAACGCUGUUGCGAACCGGCAAGUUUGACGUUGUCCUGACAGCGUUUAACUACAGCAUGCUGUGGCAGGAAGCUGUCCAUGAGCUGUUACCCGCAGCGCGUGACCACAAUGUAGGUGUCGUUAUUGGGUCGCCUCUGCAGCAGGGUGCGUUGGCGCGCAAGUGGGACGAAGUCGAUACCGGCGCAACAUGGCUAUCAAAGCCGCGUCGCGAACAGUUUCAAGCGCUUUAUGCGCUGCUGGAUGAAAUUGAUAUUCCAUUACCCGAAUUAGGUCUGCGUUUUGUGCUCUCCAAUCCGGAUGUGCAUACGGUUUUAAGUGGUGUGCGUAGUGCGGCUGAGGUGGAGCAGAAUGUCGCGGCGGCCGAGAAGGGUGCGUUGCCAGAAGAUUUGUUAGGCCGUAUCAACGAGAUUGCGGCGAUGGCUCGCCACCGGCUGGACCGAUCUAACAGAUCUCAGGAAACAAAUAUGAAAGCAGCCAUAGUGGUUGAGCCUGGUUCACUGGAGCUUCGUGAGUUGCCCGUGCCGGAGACAGAGGAUUAUCAGGUGCUUUGCGAAAACCUCUUCGGUGCAGUCUGUGCAGGCACGGACGGGCAUCUUAUUGCCGGGAAUUUGCCAAUUCCUGGCAUAUCUUACCCACUUAUUCUUGGGCACGAGUCCAUCGGACGUGUUGUAAAAGUGGGCAACAAGGUCAAACACUUCGAGAUAGGGGAUCUCAUUACACGCACGGGUUAUCCGGGUUCUGAUGACCUGCCUGCGUUCUGGGGUGGGUUUUCUGAAUAUGGUAUCGCUACAGAUGGGCUGGCUAUGCGCGACGAUGGCGUCGAUGAGGAGCAGUGGUCUGCACACAUGAUUAAUCAGGUGCUGCCAGAGGGCACCAAUCCCGCCGCGGCAACAAUGAUGGUGACCUGGCGCGAAACCUACUCCUAUAUCUCAAGGCUUGGUGUCAAGCCUGGUGCAUCUGUGCUUAUCAUUGGGUCUGGUGGCAAUGGAUUUUCGUUUGCAGUCAUGGCCAAUGCGCUUGGCGCUGGCACUGUCACCAUGAUCGGUAAUCCGCACUGGCAGACGACUUGUGAAAAGGCUGGAAUUGAUGCGUUACUCGACUACAGGGCAUCUUCAUUAGAGCAGGAUGUAGCCGCAGCAGCAGGUAGUGGUUUUGAUUUGGUCAUAGAUGCGGUAGGCAGGACCGGUGCACUUGAAAAAAUGAUGCCCUUUCUUGCGCCUGACGGAAGGGUUGGGAUCUAUGGAAUAGAAGAUCUGGGUGAUCGCAUGGCUUAUCUCAAAGUGCUUGCAGAUGCCGGUGUUACGGUCCACGGCCCUGGCGAGUACAGUGAAGCUGAAGCGCACACAAAGGUUGUUGAGCUCCUGCAGGCGGGUCAGCUGGAUGCGAGUAUCUGGUUUGAUGUCACUGCGCCGAAAUUGCUGACUGAGUUUCAGUCUGCAAUUGACGAUAUCAAUGCAAAGCGUUCGCUCAAGGCAGUGAUAAAAAUAAAGGAUGCAGCAGGCUAA